GAAACGAGUUGAUAAUCUUUUUGGCUGACCAAAAGGAACCCUACUUUAAGCCCCGUGUGAAGUUACCAAUGAAAUCUCUCAGUGUUUCCAUAACCAGUGUGGUUCCUGGAGAUUAUGACGGUGAUUCACAAAUGGAUGUCCUCCUGACCACCCGGGCACAAAAUCACGGCAGAGAUGAACUUUCAGUGUUUAUUUUCUGGGGGCACAACCAGACAUUAGAUCUUAACCAUAAAACUAUGCUAAAUAGGACUUUUCAUGAUGAGCCCCUAGUAAUGGACUUUAAUGGAGACUUGAUUCCUGACGUCUUUGGUGUCACAAGCGAUUCAAGUAAGCCACAGAUAUUGAUAGGCGGGAACUUAUCGUGGCACGCUGCCUUGGAAACUCAGAGUAAAAUGUAUAUACCACACUCUCACGCGUUUAUAGAUUUAAAUAACGACUUCACUGCCGAUUUGUUCCUUACUACGUCACCGAACUCACAAAACAUUGAGUUUGAGACAUGGGUAAAUAAGGAUGGGAACUUCUCUCAAGCUGGGAAAAAGCAAACGCCAAAUGGUGUGAAAGUUGUUGGACAGUCCGUGUUUGCAGAUUUUG